AUGGCGCAUUGGUGUGGGAGAGUGCUACACUUUGGCCAUCAACAUGAACUUGCCACGGUCGAAUGUCGCGAAGCUAGCCGCGCGUCCUUAUUGCUAGCGACCAAAUUCAUGGUGACGCCGGGCGUCGAGUCACCGUGUUUUUCGCUCGUGAAAAAUCCGUCGAAAGUCGCGGCUCGCCGGGGGCAUCGCCCGGAAAUAAUUGUCGGACGGCUUCCGCGAAGAACGAGUGUGCGUCGGGCUCGUAAUUCGCGUGAUUUCGCGUCGUCGAUCGCGAAUAAUUCGUUCGUGUCGCGUUGAAUUACGGAUCGUCCAGUUUCGGCGAACUGAGACGUCACGCGGGUGUGUAAGUGCACAGUGUUUCCGCCCUCUAUUGGCGAUAGUGACAGUGAUAGUGUGAUUACCUGUUCCUUUUCCUUGGAUAAUUCUGCAAUGAUCGACAGCGCAUGGAUUUAUGAUUCAUCGACAGAGGGAAGCUCCGGCGACCCAAUUGCAGUUCAUCACUAAAUUAUCGGAGCGAUCUAUCUGCGAUGGAUAUCGCGGAAGUCGAGGCGUCAUUAGGAAGAUUUUAAUCGCGCGCGAUUAAUGUCGCGUUAAGGACAAGGGAAUAAGGGCGUCGAGAUGGAUCAAGGCGCAGAGCUCGUCAAACUUGGAGGAACACGGACGUUUCUUUGCGGCAGCAUUGCCGAUAAGCUGUGUGCGAGUUUGUCCGCGAGAAUCUCGAAUCGCAUCGUUUUUCCUCAAUGUACGCGAAAUAUGCGUGCAAAUCACGCGUCGUGUCGGUCGGGAGUGCCGUGUAAAGUUUCGAGCGAUCGUAAUUAUUCGUGUUUUCGCGAGUGCUACGAAGGACCAAGAGAGGAGGAGGAGGCCCAGGGAGGCAUCGGGCAACAGCGGAGCAAUUGUGAGAUCAAUGUGUUGCGUGCUGUAUACUACAACUCCGAUAUUUCACGUAUAUCGGUACUCACCAGAUUCUCAAGAUAUAAGAGACGAACAGAAUAUAUAUUUGGCAAUAUACGAUGGAUGGAACGCGACAUCGUCUUGCGCAUGUGGAACGUGCCUUUUCCAAACUCACGGAAACUCGUCCGAGGCCCCGGUGAAUUCUAGAUCGACGAGU